AUGGCUACAAUAUCGCUGAGUCAAAUGUCAACCAAUUUUCGAAUCCAAAACCAUAGCCCUGUGGUUGAAGAGAUCAGUGGAUUGAUUCGCGUUCACAAAGAUGGCUACGUAGAAAGACCUCCAGUUGUACCUCAUGCUUCUUGCAUGGUACCCUCAGAGCUCAAGGUUGUAGCCAUAGAUGUCACAAUAGACAAAUUUACUAACUUGUGGGCACGUAUUUAUUCCCCUAGCAACCAACAAUAUUUUUCAUCAAAACUGCCGGUGCUAGUUUACUUUCAUGGAGGUGGGUUUUGUGUCGGAUCGGCUUCUUGGGCUUGUUACCAUGACUUCCUAACAAAUCUUGCUCGGGUCACUUGUUGUGUCAUUGUAUCGGUAAAUUACCGUCUUGCCCCUGAAAACCGGCUUCCAGCUGCCUACGAUGAUGGGGUCAAUGCCGUAUUAUGGCUAAAACAAGAGGGUCUAAAGGGAACUGUUAAUGAGCUCAAACGGUGUGAUCUUUCAAGCUUAUACCUAGCCGGUGAUAGUGCAGGUGCGAAUAUCGCGUACCAUGUUGCAAAACGGCUCUCAUCUAUAUCGGUUUUGUCACCGAAGGGAGUUAUUUUGAUUCAGCCUUUUUUCGGGGCUGAAUCGAGAACCGUGUCCGAGAAGCAGUUAGCGCAAGCAGCUAACUCUGCGCUGACACUAUCGGCUUCUGAUACGUAUUGGCGCCUUGCCCUCCCUGUUAAGGCCACGAGAGACCAUCCAUGGUGCAACCCCUUUGCCAAGGGUGCACCAAGAUUGAGUGAUCCAAAGCUUUUCAAGACCAUGGUUUGUGUGGCUGAGUUAGACAUAUUGAAAGAUAGAAACUUUGAGUUGGCAUCGGCCUUAGCCGGUGUAGGUGCAUCGGUGCAAACCGUAAUCUACAAAGAUGUUGGUCAUGCGUUUCACGUUUUGCAUAAUUACCCAAUGGCUCGGGCCCGAAACCACGAGAUGAUGAUUCAUCUUAAGGGUUUCAUCAAUCAAUAA